AAACGCCAUUACAAGAUGGUGCCGAGGAGUGCAGUAAACAUCUCAUUUUGGCCUUUGUCCCAGCACAAGUCUGCCCGGCAACAGCAAGCAGCCUAUCCCAGCUUGACUAGCUUAUCUAUAGUAGAAUCAUCCUGUCCUGCCUAUAUAUGCCGCUCCCUUUCCUUCUCCCUCGCCCCUCAUCUUCAACUCUCCAUUAACCAAUCGGUACUCCAAUAAAAGUGUGAUCAGAGAAGAAUCCUCGUGUCGGUGGUCUUCUUCCCUGCUGGUCAGGGGGCUCGCCACAGCUGGUGCCGAAACCCGGGAAGUAGGUCCAGUGGACACGUCUGAGGGGCCCAAGAAGGAUUCAGAACUCUACACAUGGAGUGAGUAAGUCUCCCCAAGACCGAGCUGAUCCGAUCUGGGUUCCAGAGAGGCUGACUCGCCGAGUUGAAAGCCCAAGAGAGGAGGAUUCGAAUCCCAGUGACAAAGAUGUGGAGAAGAAUAAUGAUGCUGUGGUGUCUGACUCACCUGACGAUCGCCAGUGAAAGUUAUUUUUGGUCUUUUUCUCGCACGUGGCCAAUACCAGUGCCUGUGCAUAAUGAAUCCAAUGUUUUUCCUCAAUUUUACUCCACCCGAUGCCAUUAUGGGGUACCUUGUAAAUCUAAAGAUCAGUCUGAAUUGAAGGUGCAAAGUUUUAAUCAGACUCGGGUUCCAUUGGCAGGAACACUUUGUUUUUCCAAUUCUUUUCAGUCACAAUGUAUUCAAAUUCAGAACCAAACGCUGGCAGCUUUUGAUGAUCCACUUAGAUAUCUACGACCAGGUCUUCCGGUCGAGAUGCUGACUGAGGCAUUAAUUAAAGUCAGCGCAGGCCAACAGUCAGGCUCGGGCGAUGGUAGUAAUGGCUUGGACACAGUUAAUACUCAUACCUUUUGGAUGAACAUGACAUUAUUGAUACCCAUGAUCUCUAAGGACAAUAGUAGCAGGAUAUACAACGGGUCUAAGCCUACUUAUCUUUGUCCAAAUGUCCUUCCUGACUACCCAUCUGAGUUUUUUACACUGCAGGGGACACUUUGAUAGAGUGUUUCCCAUUUCACCUGGUUUCUGGUUUACAAUUGAUCUAGACAGAUACAAGUAUCGUAACAAUUCCACAAAGAAAGGAUGGCCUUUAUCAACCUGGACCCUUAUUAACUCUAAGGGUGCAGUCUGUGAUCUAUCGCCUAUAGUCAAUUUGGAAAAUAGUAAGGUAGAUCUGUUCAAUGUUUCUGGAGUCCUAAACUCCACUACUAAUAGGCUUGUAGUUAAUAGUCUUCAUAAGCAACAUAAUAUGACAUUCUCUAGAGGUCGCAUGUGUGUAGAUCCUCCAUUUUUGUUUUUGCUGUUUAAUUAUUCCUCUCCAGUAGUGGAUUGCAAGAACCAAAGUUGUUACAUCAGUCAGUGCUGGGGCAACAGAAAAUAUGACUCAGCUUUAGUAAUGCGCAUGCCUACCCUAGUACCUAUCCCCGUUAGGGUCGAUCCAAGUGAAUUUCCUUUGGUUACCUUGUUUAGACAGAAAAGAGAUUUUGGCAUCACUGCCGCAAUAGUCACUGCAAUUGCGGUUUCUGCAGCUGCAGCGGUCACUGCAGGAGUUGCCAUGGCUAAUCAGGUACAAACAGUUACUCAAAUUAAUGAAAUAGUACAGAAGACUUCUACUGCUCUUUCCUCACAAGAGAAAAUGAAUGCUCAUUUUGCAUCAGGAAUCUUAAUGCUCAAUAAGAGAAUAGACCUCUUAGAGGUAGCCUUACAAGAUUUAUUUGAUGUCAUCUCUACAAGCUGUGUAGACAGAACUCCCCACAUCUGUGUAACACCCUACUCUGCGACCCUCAAUGAGUCUAAGCAGUUGUCUAAUAUUCUGAGUGGAAAUUGGUCCAGAGAAUUUGAGCAAUUACAAGCUAAUUUCAGUUAUCACAUUCAUGUGCUUAACAGCACCAAGGUAGAAUUGGUCACUAUAGGACAAUUUUCAGAUUGGAUGGUAAAAACCUUUUCCUAUUUUAAAGAGUGGAUAGGAGUUGGCAUGUUUGGAGCGUUUUGUCUGGCAGGACUAUUUCUAACUCUAUUCCUUUUCUGCAAAAUGUGA